AUACAGUUGUAUUCCAAACCUCUAUGCUACAUACCAUCUUCUUUGUCUGUCAAACCAAGCCUCUCAUCUUCUAUUUCGUUUUUCUGUUCUACAGCACGUCUCGGUAUUCGAUAUUCACAUUAGACACCGAUUGUUUCGGAGUUGAACCUCAAAAGGACAAUUUUCCCCAGCACUUAUCGGCUCAAAAUCGAGACCAACCGCUUAUCAAACAGUAAAUUUGCAGGUGAAUUGAAUAUUUUACAAGCAAACUACAUUGGGCUUCAAUGGAGAAGCUUUUUAAAGAGUAUGACAAGGAGUCAAUGAGGAUGGAAAUGUUAAAACAUGAAGAAACGUUCAAAGAACAAGUGUACGAGCUCCAUCGUCUGUAUCGAAUCCAGAAGGCAUUGAUGAAAAGCAUCGAAAACAGCAGGCCUAACAGGAAAAGACAAUUCGAUUCGGGACAUCCGGCCAACGAGCAUCACGGCAACAGAAUGCUAGAAGUCAUCGACGAAAGCAAUAUCGAACUAACGUUAGGGCCACCGACAAAGAAACAACAUGAGAUAUCGACUCCCCCUCGAACAUCGGAUUCCGGACGGAGCUUCUCCUCGUCCUCCACGGAAUCAUGUCAUACGACAACGGGGUUUCGAAACGCAAGUGAAAGCAAUGCUGAUCUUGGAGAACAAUUGAGAAAGGAGAGACUAAUACAAGCUCCUUGGAUUUUCCAAGUUCUAACUAUGAAAAUGACUUAGGUCGCUUCUUAUCGACCACUUUUUUCUUCUAUUGGGGUGUCUGUGUGUGUGUGAAUGUUUCUGCUUAGGUUUGUUUUAGCAAGAUGGGUGAUGAGAGUUCUAUGUAAAAAUAUCAAAUUAUCAUCGUUUUGUUUUCGA